GCGAAAGAGGAACUGGGGACUUCACUAUUCAGGCUGCUUCCAUUCAAGUGUUCCGGAUGGUAUAUACACAUCCAAACAGACACUUCUCUCUUUGGAGUUCAUAAGAAGCAGGCAUCUGAAACUGCACUCUGAAGCUAUAUUCCAGAGAUGUUCCUGAACAACUUGCCUGUCGAUGCAUGCUUCAAAAGGGAUGCUUAAAUGGCUAAUCCCAUUCAUCCUGUGAGCCAGGAAAGAGUGGUGCUUCUCAGCCCAGGUCACAUAUCGAAAUCACCUGUGGAACUUUAGGCACUACAGCUGUUCGUGCCCCACACAAACCUACUGAAUCAGAACCUCUGAAGGAAGAACCCAGGAAAAUAAAUCUGUUGAAGAAUUUUAAGAGUCAAAUCUUCUGAGCCUAGAUCUACUGCUGUCUGCAUCUCUGAGACCUCCAUCUGAGAAUUACCAGGUCUGACAACACUUUCCCUCCAGCCUACAGUGAGGGAUGUCAACAGAACUGUAGAAAAGUCACAUCCUCUAGACUUCCAACCCUCAAGCUGUGGCAGCUGGAAAGAAACCUUACAAGUGUCAUCCCUAUGCGGGAUUCAGAAAGACAAGAAGGGUAGAAACUCAGAUAUGCUGAGCCUGAAAUAUACAAAAGCUUUUAGAAAAUGCUGAGCCUGAAAUAUACAAAAGCUUUUAGAAAGUCUCCCCACAGAAGAAUCCAAUUAAAUUCACAUAAUUAAUGCACACAUUUAGACGAGCUGUAGAUAAAAUAGAGCUCUUUCUCCCUCUACCAAAAGACAGGAAAAGUCCGAUUUAAUACUCAUUCUUGUCUCCAUACCAGUAUUAUAAAGCAGUUUCACCAUAUUUAUUUUAAUCAGUAUAUGAGUAGGACUGUGGAAAGUAAAAGAUUUUAUUUAUAUUUUUUAAAAAAUGAUUAAGAAGUUCUGAUAGAAACUAUUUGGGAGAGGGAUGCUUGUGCACUGCUGACUUGGCUCUGGUUGUGAUUGCUUUGUGUAUGAGAUCGUUAGAACACCUCCAGCAUAUUCAGAGACAGCCUAAGUGACUGUGGAAUGCCUCAAGGGCAAUAGAAAUCAAAUAGAAAUAGGUACCAACUCAAGUCUUAAGUGAUGACGGAGGUGCAUUUCAAGUACCAUGGGAAUCUCACUGGGCGGGCCCAUUUCCCCACCCUGGCAACAGAGGUUGACACUACUUCAGAGAAGUAUUCCAACCUGUAUAUGUAUGUGGGCUUAUUCCUGAGCCUCCUGGCCAUUCUCCUCAUCCUGCUCUUCACAAUGCUCCUUCGGCUCAAACAUGUCAUCUCACCCAUCACCUCCGAGAGCACAGAAAGUGUUCCUCAAUUUACAGACGUAGAGAUGCAGAGUCGAAUCCCCACUCCUUAAAGUCAGGAAGAAAGUGAGCUUUAAAGGAUCUCAGUGAACCCUUGUAUGUUGAUGUCCAGGAAAGCUGACUUUGUUGCAUGUAGCUUCCCAUGUAGGGAAUCAACAAGUUGUUCACUUAACAAGUUGUUCAUGUUUUCUCUGUGUUACUCUUUAUCUUGACUCUGCUUGUGGGAUAUCUAAGAGGUUUGACUCAUUCCUUGCCAGGAAUAUAGGAAAUGGCAGCUGGUUGGGAGGGAGGUUUCCAUGGUAACCAAAGAGCGCCUGGGCCUUGAGCAAACCUCAGACUGCAGAAAUUCACAUGCAGCUGUUGUAAAAAACACAUGACCCUGGAGGCUCCAAGAACAAGGAAAAUUUGCCUUUGAAAGGGCUAAUUGUUCAAAGAGAGUAUCCCAAGAAAGGAACAAGUUUUAAUGUAGCAGUUGGACCCUAAAGAAUCACCUCUGCUUACAUGAAGUUAAAUCAUGUUGGAGGUUAAUGGAAGGGACCACGAGCCCUUUCCCAAAGGAGCAGUGAUUUUAUCAUCUGUGGCCAUCGGGUUUGUCCCAAAUGAAAGAAGAGUUCUUAAAAGAAACUGUUUCAAUUUAAAGAGCAAGUUUACAAAAAGAAGUUUCUAGUCAACAACCUCAUCUAGAGAGGGAAAAUGUGCAUUUUAUAUCUGUGUUAUUACUAUUACUGGACUUUAAAAAACUCAGAUAAUGGCCAAUGUAUUACAAAAAUCUGGAACAAUGAGCUCCCCCCAGACCAAGGGAAAAUUAAGUCAAAAUGUGCUUAUGAUAAUGAACCUUAUAUUAUACGUGCAGCUUCUUUGCCUUUUUCUCCUUACCCAUCAUGCUCCAGGAUUGAGUUGCACUCAAAUAUAAGCUUUGUUUAAAGAUGGCCUCGGCAGGGCUUACCUGGUGGUGCAGUGGUUGAGAGUCCGCCUGCCGAUGCAGGGGACACGGGUUCGUGCCCCGGUCCGGGAAGAUCCCACAUGCCGCGGAGCAGCUGGGCCCGUGAGCCAUGGUCACUGAGCCUGCACGUCUGGAGCCUGUGCUCCGCAACGGGAGAGGCUACAACAGUGAGAGGACUGCGUACUGCAAAAAAAAGAAAAAAAAAGAAAAAGAUGGCCUCGGCAAAGAAGACUCAACUGUACUUUAAAGCAGAAGUGAAAUAAUCUUGGUAUUCUGUCGUUGAAUGAUUGUGCCUUUGGGCAAAACACUCAAGCCUCUAGGUAGCAGGUUUAUCUCUCUGAAAAAUGAUCUGAGGGCUAUUUAGUCAUCACUGGACUCCUUUUAGAUUUGAGUGUAAGAAAAACAAAGAGAGACAAAGGAGGAAAGGACUAAACAACACCCUCCAACAAAUCCUUAUUGAGAUCAGUGUCCUCAAAUGUCACAUUUGUCUUUCCCAGAAAAUGUUCCUCCCUUCCUGAUCCCUGCCAAAAGAUGAAGUGUUUCACUUAUUACCUAUAAGAGAAAUAUAUUUUGAAAAAUUCCAUUCUCAUAAGUAGCCCUAGUAUGCCAGUAGUGGAAAAAGAAUUUGAUUUUUUAAUAAUUAACGUUCCAAAAGGGAACCAAAGGAAAUGAGUACUGUUUACAAAUUAGAAAUUAGAAGGCUGGUCAUACUCUUGCCACCAAAGAACUGAAACACCCAUGUUAAAUUCUACCUGCUUAGAAAAAAAUCAGUUCUCUCUUGCACCUAAAAGGUGGUCAUCAAAUUUCAACCAAGUGCUCCGUCGGGAAUUGCAGCGGCAGUGAGAAAGAAGUGGAAUGGAUGUUAGGUUAAUGGCACCUCUACCAGACAUGCAGCUCUCUCUAGUUUGUUGCCAAUUUAAAUUGGCCCCUUUACUCUGAUCUAAAUCUGGCAUGGUGGUGAAAUUCCCAAGUGCUUUCUACUUUUAUACACAGUCAUUUGCCAAUACUCCCUCUCCAAGGGGCUGCAAAGUGUGAAAUCCCCACAUGCAGAGCUUAAAUCAGUAGCAAGGCUGACUCUGGCACACCUGUUAACAAUAGCGCACCGUAAGAGAUGGCAGCUGCAUUCUGCACCAUUCAGAAGAGAUGAGCAGGUAGGCUAAGACUCGAUAGGGCAUGUGCUUCCCCUUUCGGUAUUAUAAUUUCCAAAAUGCAGAGUGAUUCAUAUUAUUGCAUUUGGUGGUUUAAGUUGUCUUUGUUCAACACUCAGACUCCACGUACCUUUUAAAAUGUUAGUUCUUGACAGCCAUACACUCACUUCAUCAAAGGCUGCCAAUAUACCCCAGAACUUCUUAAGGACACACAUCUCUCCUCACUCCACACUCUGCCUUUUGUGCUCACAGUAUUUGAAUGCACUUUACAGUUAAGAAGUCAGUCACUGGAUAAAUGAAGGAACUGAUUACAUUUUCAACAGCAGUGAAUAGCAAGAUACCCAAUGCCUUGUUGCUGAAUCUGAUGAAGAGACAGACUGCAAAUCUAUUCCCUGCUCACCUGACCUCUCCAACACAGAUUUCAGGAGUUUAAACUGCUCCUUAAUCUCUGACUUGGAAGAAGAUUCCCAACUUAUGAUUAGGUUACUCACCUGGAAAACAACCACCCUCUUUCAUCACAACUACCCCAUGGGAUCCAAAUCUUCACCGAGCAUUAACCAAAGUACACAGCACAGACUGCACUAAAAUAGCAGCAUAACCCCUGACGAUUUCCAGUGAUAACAUAAGUGGAGAUGUAUGUAAGCAGAUGUGUCAUUAUGGUGACUCACAUGGUAUUUAAUCUUUGGGAAAAUAAACUGAAUGUUUUCAUCAUAGCAAACCAACUGUAAAGAAAAUUUUUCCAUUUAUAUUAAAUUUUAUUAUAUCCUCCAAUGUAUUAAUUAACAUAUAUUACCGCUCAAAGAGGCAGCUAGAGCAAUCAAUGGGCAUAAUUUGAAUUUAUGCAUCUAUCCAAAAUGCUGACUUGGCAAUUCCUUCCCUCACCCCCACUCUCCAAAAUAUUGCAUGUUAGCCUAAAUGUAUCUAAACAGGUAGGUUAUUUAUAUAUAGAUGUACUUUGUUUUAAGGUGAAAGAAUGAGUCUUCACUUUUUAUUACACUGAAUCACAUGAAAUUGCCCUUUCCAUAAAUAAAAAUGCUGAAAUAUCAGCAAUUUCAUAUAAUUCAACCAAAUAAAAGGACUCACCACAUGAAUUCUUUAAACAGUAAACUUUCCUAAUGUGUUUAAAAUAACUCAAUAUCCAAAAGUGUACUUUGCCUUUCAGAAUCAUGGGUUGUAUAAAACAAGGUUUAUUGUAAAAGACUUUUGUAUUAGGUAUUAUGUACUAGGCAGGAAAUCUUGAGAUAUAUCAAGUAAAGGCAGGUUCAUUCAGCCUAACAUUUCCAUCUAUGCCAAAUCUGAAGCUUUGGAUUCCUGAGUCUGAUGGCUGCAGACCCCACCAUGCUUACUAAGUAGGUAAAAGGGGUCCAUUUAAUGCAAUUAAGUAGUUAUAUUUAGUAAUACGUCUUAUUCUCCUGCAUUUGUACAAAAGAAGCACUUUUUUUUAACAAAAUUGUG